AUGAAGAUCAUUGUGCAGGAAGGUCAUCUUGUCGGAGGGUCACAUCAAUUGUCUACAUUCAAAUCAGCUCGAUUGAUCGACGUCUUUAAUCUGAUUAGGACUGACGGUGGUUGGCGCGCAUUUUGGCGUGGAAAUGGCGUCAAUUGUCUGAAGGCGGGUCCUGAGUUCGCUAUGGUAUUCACACUGCGUCGAUAUUUGCUUUCACUGUAUGAAGAUGGUGUGGAAGAAGAACAUCGGCUACAGCAGCAGCGCAAAUCAAUAGAGGAGCACGGAGGCCUUGCGAAAGAUAUCAAAGGCCUUCCAACCUCGGUGUUGCCUCCUCCGUUGGAUCAAUACGGGACCUUGUCCGGUGUCCCUCGUAUAUUCAUCAAUUUCUGCAUUGGGGCCUCUGCGGGAUUUGGCGCACAAUUCGCUCUAUAUCCACUAGAAGUCGUCAAAACGCGCAUUGCCGUGUCAAAAAUGACCGAGUUUCGUGGCGGCAUGCGCGAAGUGAUCUCGAAGACGUACCAGAACGGUGGUAUAGCGGAGUUUUACCGCGGGCUCACACCUAACAUGGUGGGUGUCUUUCUUUACCGCGGUCUGGAGGUAGGGAUGUACUCGACCAUACAACAGCAGGUCAUGAUGCUCCGGAUGCAGCGCCAGGGCAUGAGCCGCCACGACGCCGCGCUCUCAUCGAUUGAGACGGCUGGUGUCGGCAUGGUGGCGUCGAUGAUUGCCCAGACCGUGUCGUACCCGCUCAACGUCGUUCGCACGCGCUUACAGACGCAAGGUAUUAACGGGCGCGAGGUGAAGUACAAGGGUAUGGUGGACUGCUUCAGCAAGAUGAUUCGUACGAAAGGCGUCGCAUCACUCUUCUCCGGCAUUACAGCAAACUACUUGAAGGCCGUCCCUGCAAGUACGUGUAUGUUUGUAGUAUUCGAGAAGGUGCAGGAAAUGUUGGUCGGCGAUGAUUAA